GCUCUCCACAAGCCAUGAUUGUGUACGACAAGUUCAACGAGUUCUACGAGGCGGCCGAGGACAUGUACCACGCUGCCCCGAGUAGUACCCGCUACGUGCUCAAGCACACCAAAAAGGACGGCGAGGGCGCUGUCGAGCUCAAGGUCACCGACAACGUGUCGGUCAUCAAGUUCCGUUCCUCGCUCACAGCUCAUCUCAAGCACGUCGACCGUAUCAACACCCUCUUCAUCUCCCUCGCCAUGGAGAAGCCUGAGGGCGUCGAUGCUGCUAGCUCUUCUCGCCGCCGCCGGAAGGCGUAGUACCUUCUGCCGCCUCGCAGCCCGCCGCCUCAUCCCCGGCCUCAAUCGGCGUCGUAUCGCGCACACGCGCAGCGCUUACCUAGCUACCACCCUCGCCCCUGCCCUCGUGCGUCUGCUUCCUGCUGCUGUAGAAACGGACUUUGCCCCCUCCCACCCCCCCCCCCUGUGGAAGCAGAUCGGGAAUCAAUACAUGACAAGCCUGAAGAGAGA